AAUACUCAAUUUAUGCACCGGACGUUCCAUGUAUCGCUUCAAGAGCUCAAAGUACAAAAAUGCCACACCCAAAGUGCCAAAGAAGGGCGAGGGUUGGGUUCUUGACAUAUCUGUAGGUGCUCCACAGUCAUUCGGCAACCACAUAAAGGCGAGUGCUUUGCACAAGGUCUUCAGUGUCGACAGCCGAGGAGGAGGCAGCCUAGGCGUCCUGUCUCUAGAGGACACGGGAAAAAAGAGCAAGAACUGCCCAUUACUUCAUGCACAUUCUGAGUUCAUAACCGACUUUGAAUUUUGUCCUUACGAUGACGGCCUCCUGGCUACUUGCUCACACGACGCCACUAUAAAAAUCUGGAGGAUUCCGGAUGGCGGUAUUGUUCCCAAUGUGCCCCAAAAUCCUGAACUUGAGCUUCGACCUGGCAAGUCUCGCAUUGAGAACUUGUCUUUCAAUCCAGCUGUGGACUGCCUCCUGGCUUCAGCCAUGGACAACACUCUUCAGAUAUGGGACCUGGUCAACCAAUCAGAGCUUGGAAUUGAUUUGAAACACGACGAGUUGGUACAGAGCUUAAGCUGGCGAGGUGAUGGCAACCAACUUGUGAGUUCGAGCAGAGAUAAGAAGCUGAGAGUAUGGGACCCCAGGACACCAAGCAAUUCACUUCAAGCGCUUGGCCAUGCGAAUAAUCGGGACUCCAGGGUCCUCUGGUUGGGACACACCGACUAUAUUCUUUCAAGUGGUUUGGGCAGUGCAAGGGAGCGCCAGGUGUGCCUUCGAGAUGUCCGUAGAUUCGACAUUCCCUGCACCAGCUGGUCCGGUAACAGCGCCAUGGGGUCAGUAGCACAUUUCUCAUCAAAGUACAUAGGUGAGGUGCAGACUAAAGGAGUGGGCCUGGUGCCCAAGCGUGCCCUUAAUGUGAUGGAGGGUGAAGUGAACAGAGUGCUCAUUCUGGGCCAGGACUGCAUUGUGCCCAUUCCCUACCAGGUGCCCCGCAAGACCUACCGGGACUUCCACGCAGAUGUCUUUCCAGACACACAGGCACCAUCCCCGGCAACAACAGUGCCCGACUGGCUGGCUAAGAUCCCCUGUGAGCCCAUUCCCAGAGUGAGCUUGGACCCUGCUCAGAGGCCCAAAGAGGGUCUGGUGCGCACUGGACACAAGCUGGGGUCGGGCCCUGCAUUUUUGGCUGUCACGUCUCAGGAAAAAGACAUCGACCUGGUGCCAGACGAAUAUUCAUAUGAAGAUUUCGGUGACAACAUCAUUCAAGAAAAGUUGACGGGAGGCACAGACAGCGAUUUGAAGAGGUGCCGCAUGAGAGACUCAGCUUAUCCCGAAGUGGAAAAGGCCCUGCUUCUCUGGCUGAAGAAGGCGCGGAGCAUGAACCUGCCGGUUAGCGGACCCCUUCUGACCGAAAAAGCCCUAACUUUCGCAGAUCAGCUGAACUGCCCCGGUUUUGCCUGCAGCAACGGCUGGUUGUCGCGGUUUAAAGCCCGCUACGGCAUCGUGGGGAAGGUUGUUUGUGGUGAGGCUGCUGCAGCAGACAAAGAAGGCGCUGUUGAAUGGCAGGACACCGUUUUGCAGGAAGCCUUGACAGCCUACGAUGCCGCCGACAUUUUUAAUUUUGAUGAGUCGGCACUUUUUUAUUGCCUUCUUCCAAAUAGGACAUUGGCAUUUAAAAAUGAGACGUGCACCGGCGGGAAACACGCCAAAAAUCGCAUAUCGGUCGCUUUUGGCGUAAAUAUGACCGGUAGUGAGAAGCUGCCACUGAUGGUCAUUGGCAAGUAUGGAAACCCGCGGUGCUUCAAAGGCGCUCGGCUGCCAUCCGGUGUUGUUUACAAGCACAACAAAAAAGCCUGGAUGACAGCCCAGCUGUUCGAGGAGUACGUGCGCCAGCUGGACCGCCGUUUUGCUGCCAAGAAAAGGAGCAUUUUGAUAGUGCUUGACAAUGCGUCGGCGCAUGUCGAUGUGGGUAACCUGUCGGCUAUUAAGCUGUUGUUUUUGCCGCCCAACACGACAGCGCUCGCCCAGCCCCUCGAUCAGGGCAUCAUCCGCUCUGUCAAACAGAUUUACCGCAAAAAUCUUUUGCGGCGGAUGUUGAUCGCCAUGGAGAGUGCCAAAACGUACAGUAUAGACCUCCUGGGUGCUAUACACCUGCUUGCACACUCAUGGAUGCAGGUGCAGCCUGCAACGAUACGGAACUGUUUCGCGCGAGCACAAUUCAAGAUGCCAGAAGAAGGCAACGACGAGAACAUGGAGGAUAACGAGGAUGGUGAGGACACCGAAGACUGCGAGAGCCUCCUUGUUGAGGUGCUCGAGCGGCAAGGAGAGGGAGUCGACAAGUUCAACUUCGGCACUUUCCGAGAUGUGGACGGAGACGUCCUUACAUCCCCGGACUUUUCCGACAGCGACAUUGUUGCCGCCAUCGCACCUCGUCCCGAUUCAAGCGAAAGUGAGGAGGAGGGCGAUGUCGAAGUGGACGACGGCCCCUCGUUAUCCGAAGCUGCGCGUGCUGUGACUGUGAUGCGAGCCUUCGCCGAGAAGCGUGGCCUAAUGGACCGGCUGGCUCGCGGCCUCACCGACUUCGAAGAUGCCGUCGUCGAGGCAAGGCCACCACGGCGGCAACCGAUUCCAGUGCCUAAGCCAGCUCCACGGACCAAAGUGAGCCGACCGGAAGAUGUCCCAGUUGGGAACACCCCUGCGGUCCUGCCCAAAACAGCGCCUCGAACUCGCUCAUCUAUGGCCUCCACAGGGCCCUCUGUGGCCCCCAGAACUGCUUCCAGUGCUCGUCGGCAGCCAUCGCAUGUGCCACCCUGUGCAGUGCGAGUAUCCAAGUAUCGGCACCUGAAUGGCUCAGUGGGUAGCCGGGACACUCAGAUCACCAACCUGCCACCCAUGUGCAACACGCUGCCUGGCGAGAGUGAAAGUUUCCGUGCCAACACAGAGCGUGUUGCUCUGCCCUUGGCCAUUUCAGGUGGCCAUCUGGCAAUCCUGGAGCUGUCCAAGAGGGGCCGCAUACAAUCUGGAGUUGUUCCCAGCCUCAUUUGUGGGACCAGCAUCAUGGACUUUGCCUGGGACCCAUUUAACAACAGGCGCAUUGCCAUAGCAUGCGAUGACGGCCGAGUGCGCGUGUGGACUGUUCCCGAGGCUGGCCUGCAUGAGAGCCUGACAGAGCCAGACUUUGAGCUGAAGGGCCACACAGAAAAAGUACACUUUCUGAAAUUCCAUCCAACAGCUGCCGGUGUGCUGGCCUCAGGCUCCCAUGACCUGACUGUGAUAAUCUGGGACAUGGAGACUCGCAAGCACAAGGUUCGCCUCGAAGGACAUGCCGACCAGAUUUUCAGUUUGGCAUGGCAUCCAGACGGUGUCUUAUUGGCCACCCUGUGCAAAGACCAGAAGCUGCGGGUAUACGACCCUCGAAGGAAUGAGUUACCUGUGCAGGAGGGCCUUGGACCAACGGGAACUCGUGGAGCGAGAAUCAUCUGGGUGCUUGGAGGAAGUCACCUGAUCACCACUGGCUUCAACAAAGUCUCCGAACGGCAAGUGAGCCUUUAUGACAGCAGGUUGCUCUCUGCCCCCCUGACAACAGAGGGUAUCGACGUCAGUCCAGCUAUACUAAUCCCCUUCUAUGAUGAGGACAGCUCAACACUAUUUCUCUCUGGAAAGGGUGACUCGACCAUCUUUGCCUUUGAGGUUGCCCUGGAUGCACCAUACCUGUUUCCACUGUCGCACUACAAGUGUACCAGUGGGCCCCACCAGGCUGUGGCCUUUCUGCCCAAGCUGGCCUGCAGUGUGGCUGAUGUGGAGUUUGCUCGUGCUUUGAGGCUCACCACAAGCAGUGUGGAGCCACUGUCAUUCAGGGUGCCACGGCUACGGUCUGAGCUGUUUCAGGAUGACCUCUUCCCCGACACUCGUGUCACCUGGCAGCCAGCCCUGACAAGUGAGGAAUGGUUUGCUGGAGUGACAAGGGCACCAAAGUUGGUCAGCCUUCGGCCUCCAGGCAUGGAAUGCUUGUCUGCGGCUCUGGAACUGCACCCUCCUGCGUCACAUGCUCCCAGGCUGCCACAGAGUGCGAGUCUGGACUUUGAAGGAGACUUCACUCUCUCUAGCUCUAUUUUUGAGAGCAACAGGGAGAAAGAGGACCAGGAUGAAGACAACUGA